UACUGGGCAGCGAGCUGUAGGAGCGUGGUUAUUUCCAUGGUAAAAAAAGAGAAAAAUGGUUAAAUCGGGAAAACUGAGAUCCGGGGUCGCGUCCAAAGUCAAACGCUGGAAAAAGGGACACAGCAGCGAUUCGAAUCCGCAGACGAGUCGCUUUCGAGAGGCCGCCAAGAGUCGCUUUUUCAGCCGACCCUCCGGUAAAAGCGAUCUGACUACUGACGCUCUGAAGCUACACAAUGAGCUCCAGUCAGGCUCUCUGAAACAGGGUGCCGGCAGCCAUGGAGAAGCCUUCAUGGAGGAGGAGCUGGACCAGGCGUUCUCCGAAAGGACCUCGGGCACCUUCCUCAGCGGAUUGUCCGACUGCUCCAACCUCACCUUCAGGAAGGUGCAGCGCUUCUGGGAGUCCAACUCAGCCGCACACAAAGAGAUCUGUGCAGUGUUGGCUGCUGUCACAGAGGUGAUUCGAGCUCAGGGCGGGAAGGAGACGGAGACGGAGUACUUCGCUGCUCUGAUGACCACCCUGGAGGCCGUGGAUACAGCGGAGUCGCAGGCUGCUGUGGCGUACCUCCUCAACCUCGUUAUGAAAAGGGUCCCCGCUCCGGUGCUCAUUUCUAAGUUUUCAGACACAUCUAAGGCUCUGAUGGACGUGAUGUGUAAACAAGCCAGCUCUGAUGCCAGCUCUGCUGUCCGAUGGAUCCUGUCAUGCCUGGCCACUUUGCUGAGAAAGCAGGAUGCAUCUGUGUGGACUUACCCCUCCACCCUUCAGGUCUACCAUGGCCUGCUCAGCUUCAUCGUGCACAACAAACCCAAGGUGCGGAAAGCGGCUCAGCAGGGCGUGUGCUCCAUCCUCAGAGGUAGUGACUUCCUGUUUUCAGAUAACGCCCCCUCACAUCACCCUGCUGCCGCCACGACGGCCAAGUUCUGCAUGAGAGAAAUCGAGCAGGCCGGGGGGAGUAAAGAGGACACCACUGCUCUGCACGUGCUGGGCCUCUUAAAGGAGCUGAUGGCGACGUUUCCCCAGGGGGCCGUCAAGUCCUGCUGCGAGACCCUCCUGCGAGUGAUGACGCUUAGCAAUGUGCUGGUGACCGCAAGUGCGAUGCAGGCCUUCCAUAGGCUGUUCAGCGGGAAGCCCAACACCGCCAGUCUGACACCGGAGCUGAACGCACAGAUCGUCACGGCGCUGUACGACUACCUGCCCAGUGAGAACGACCUGCAGCCCCUGCUGGCGUGGUUGGCUGUGAUGGAGAAGGCCCAUGUCCACUUGGCGAGCCUGCAGAGCUCUCUGAGUUUGGGUCACCUCCCCCGCCUGUUCUCCGCUGCCAUGUCCUGCCUCCUGUCCCCACACACUCAGGUGGUGUCUGCAGCCACCAACACACUCAAGACUCUUCUGACUGAAUGUGUGGCGCCUCACAUGGUGGAAAUAGGAACCGUUACUGCCACAGUGUCUGCUGGGAACCCUUCCUACGUGUGCAAAAUGUUUCGCAUCGUGGAGGAGGGCUUGUCCUACCGUUUCCAUGCGUCCUGGCCGUUCGUGCUGCAGAUACUGGGCAGCUUCUACCGAGCUGCUGGGAAGCAGGCACACCCAGUCAUGACCAAGUCUCUACAGUCGCUGGCAGACCUGCGCUCCACCCCACGUUUCCCUUUCAGCGGUGAGCUGGACCUGGCUGUAGGACGCGCUGUAGAGAGCAUGGGGCCCGAAGUUGUGCUGGGGGCCGUGCCCCUCAACAUCACUGGCUUUGACGAUGACCUGGAGUUCCCACGCAGCUGGCUGGUCCCGGUCAUACGAGAUCAUGUCAAGAACACCAACCUCGCCUUCUUCAACUCCUAUUUCCUUCCCCUGGCAUCUACACUCAAGCAAAGAGCUGAUCAGUUGGAGGAAGCGGGGCAAAAACUUGAGGCCAAAAUCUACCAGACCUUACAGCUGCAGAUCUGGACCAUGCUCCCCAGUUUCCUUACAGGGACCGUGGACCUACUGGUUUCCUUUAAGGUCCUCGCCCGGACGCUGGGCAUGGCCAUCAGUGACCGACCGGACCUGAGACUCACAGUCUGUCAGGGUUUACGCACUGUUAUCACCAAGAGCUGCAACAUGGAAGAGGAGAAGGCUGAGAUUGGCCGCUUCGCCAAGAACUUCCUGCCCAUCCUUUUCAAUGUGUACAGUCAGCAGCCUGCCAGCGGAGAGUCAGCCCUGCACAGGAUGGCUGUCCUGGACACCAUCAAGGUCUACCUGACCGUCACGGACACUCAGAUGAUCUGCACCUUCCUGCAGAAAGCUACAGAGAGACUGAACAGCGCAGAGAGCACAGAGUUCAUCCGGCUAUCGGUUAUGGACCUGUUGGUCGCCAUGGCUCCCUGUGUGGAUGAGUCCACCAUGGGUCAGACCUUCGAGCUGAUGAGGCCGUAUCUGGAGACUAAAGAACAGGGCAUGCAGAAGAAGGCGUACCGCGUGCUGGAGGAGAUGUGUGGAGGAGAAAGGGAGGUGUGCCGGUCAUUUGUACUUGCUAACCUGGAGACCCUCAAGCAGGUCCUGCUGGAGACCCUGAAAAAUGCUUCCUCGCCAGCGAAGCGGCCUAGACUAAAAUGCCUCAUCCACAUUGUAAAACAACUGAGUGAGGAACACAAGGACUUCAUCAUUGCCCUGUUGCCAGAGGUCAUUAUCUGUACCAAAGAGAUGGCCGUCGGAGCUCGUAAGAACGCCUACAACCUACUGGUGGAGAUAGGAAAUGCAUUUAUUCGUUUCUGUGGGGAUACUAAAGAUGCUCUGGAGCAGUAUUUGGUGUUGGUUUACGCGGGGCUGACGGGGUCCGUCACCAUGAUUACCUGCACGGUAUUGACACUGACCCGCCUGGUGUAUGAGUACAAAGACUCGAUCGAGGUGUCCACCAUGGAGCAGCUGCUAAACAACGUGUGUCUGCUGUUGUCCUCCCGCACCCGCGAGAUCGUCAAGGCCGCCCUCAGCUUCAUCAAAGUCAUCCUCUUCGUCAUGGACCCCAAAACCCUGGCCUCACAUGUCACUGUCAUGAUGGAGGGCGUUGGGAACAUCAAGGACGACGUCAGGAGGCACUUCAGGAACAAGCUGAAGAACAUUUUCACCAAGUUCAUCAGAAAGUUUGGAUUUGAGCUGGUGAAGAGUAUGCUCCCUGCGGAACACCACAAGGUGCUGGCCAACAUCCGUAAGACCGAGGCCCGCUCCAAGAGACGCAAGCAGGCUGCCGAGCAGCAGAACGACUCCGAGAGCGAAGAGGAGGUGCCAAGGGCCAAGGCGGAAAGCAUCGAGGACAUCCUGGCAGAGUCGGAUAGCGAGUUGUCGGAGGAUGACGAAGGAAAGGGCUCUAAGACGCAGAGGAAGGCAGGUGGCAAACAGCAACGAGGGAAGGCCUGGCUUAAAGAAGGAGAGGGAGAUGAUCCUCUUAACUUCCUGGACCCCAAGGUGUCCCAGCGAGUGCUCGCCACCAACCCAGAGCGGAAGAAGAGCGCCAAGGUUCGCCACGGCUUCAAGGUGACGUCGGACGGGCGGCUGAUCAUCAGAGAGGAGGAGGACAAAAAUAAUGAUGAGGAAGAGGAGAUGAAGGACAUCCUGCAGGAGGUUGAAGUCAAGAGUAAGAAGACACAGAAGAGGAAGUUCCGAGAAGGCAACAUGGACGACAACAUGGAGAUUGAGCCCCAGCUGAAAUACAGAGCCGGAGGCUCGGGGAUCCACAGACCGCUGGGGGGCAGCCGAGACUCCGGGACUGAUUACAAAUCGAAGAAAGGUAAAGGAGAUGUGAAGAAGAAAGGGAAGCUCGACCCAUACGCCUACAUCCCUCUGAGGAAGGCCCAGCUCAACCACAGGAAACGAGCCAAACUGCAGGGCCAGUUCAAGGGCAUGGUGAGAGGAGCCCAGAAGGGGGCGCUGUCUGGCAGGAAAAUGCAAAGGAACAAGAGGAAAGCCUGAAGGAGCGGAAGACGCUCUACGGACUCUUGGGAUGUUGUGUGUGGUUGACGGUGUGCACGUGAACUUGCCAAACAGUAAACAUGGACUUCGGAGAAGGCUGGAUCAGUUCAUCUGGACUCAGCGUUUAUUGACUGAUACGUUUCAUCGCUCAACGACGUGACAUCUUCAGUCUCAACUGACUGCAGGUACCCCCACCCUUACAAACAGUACGGUACAAUACAGUGCCUAACGACCGAAACCAACGACCAGUUUCAUAUGCAAAUAUGGGUGUGACCAUUGAAGAGAGGAGAAGGCUCUCCCUGAGCUUCCUAUUUUUUCUCCCCGUUAAAGGGUUGUUUCUUUUUUAGGGAGUUGUUCCUCAUCCAAUGCGAAGGUCUAAGGACAGGAUGUUGUGUUGCUGUAAAGCCCCUUGAGGCAAAUUUGUGAUAUUGGGCUGCACAAAUAACAUUGACUUGACUUGACGUGACUUGUCCAUUGGGGAAACUAAACAGACGCUGGUCAAGAGGACGGCACAACACAGGAGAGCUAACACGUCAGGCCAGGCCAGGCCUCCACAGUCCACAACCAUCUACAGGCCAGGGCCAGUCUUUCAAGGAUGAGGAUGUGCACAUCCUUGAUAGGGAGGAACACUGGUUUGAACGGGGAGUCAAAGAGGCCAUCUAGUAUGUGAAGAGGGAACGACCAUCCCUGAACCGAGGGGGCUAAGAGUACAUCUGUUGACAUCUUACAAUGCAGUGAUUGCAACUGUUCCCCAAUCCUGUGUGAAUAGUACACAUGGCCAUCGAACCUCUAGUUAAUGGGCACACCCAUAUUUGACCGUCAAACUGGUUGUUGGUUUCGGUCGUUAUACGUCCGGUGCCAUUUUCCAACGCUGUGAUCGCAACAAUCCCUAAUCCUCUGUGAAUAGUACACAUGAUCAAUGGUCACACCCAUAUUUGUAUGUGAAACUGGUCGUCGGUUUCGGUCGUUAGGCACUGUACGGUACUGUAUUGUACGUUAUUGUGUAUAAGGGUGGGAUACCUGCAGUCAGGUGAGACCGAAGAGGUCACUUAGAUGAUGAUGAGACGUGUCUGUCAGUAAACGUUGUGUCCAGAUGAACUGAUUCAACCUUCUGUGAUCUUCUUACCUGGAUUAUUGAGCACGCUUCAGGACAUUUUGACUCAUUUCGGCGAGGGUCGCCUUAAACUUGUACGCGAGUAUAAACAUGGACUUGUAAAUGUGUAUGUUUUUUUUUGUGUGUAUAUUUCAGACAUGCCGUGUCUUCAAGGCCUGGCGUAGUUUUACUUUGAGCUAGCUCAGGUUUCAAAGUAGCAUUUUGUGACAGAUUGACAUCCUGCUGCUUUACAAAGCUGGGUCAGCAGUUGGGUAAGGAAGUACAGGACGGUGUUGAUUGUCUCACCUCUGUGUUGGUAGAUACUGAAUGAUCAAAACUAAAAUGAUCGGGUUUGUCAGAUCAAUCUGUCAGCCCCAUCAAUGGUGUACACAACGGAUGAUACACAAUCAUCCAUUUAGUGUUAAAGAUAUAUUUAUACAUCUGUUAGAUAUACAGAUGGACUUGAAGUGGUUACAAGAGUGUGACGUGGUCUCAGUGUUUCCAUCUUUUGACCUCUAGAUGGCGCUACAUACUGCCGGGUUAUACACAGCUAAUACCGGCAGUUUAUGAAUGGAUUGAAGACUUUUCCAUCAAAUGAGUGCUGUAUUUGGAAUAGAAAAAAAAUGUUCAAUAAACAUUUUGUCUAUCUGAAACAUUCUAAGAUCAUUCAUCCUACCUCCCUGGAUUGGAAAUUACAGUUCAUAUUUGUGGGAAUAUGAUUAUGACAACGCAAAAAUUGAGAGAAAAGUUGCAAGGUAUUUUAGGACUAGCCGAGUUAACAUAACGCAACACUGGUAUGACUCCACUGGUCUAUAAAUUAUUACAGAUCAGUGUGUGGAUCACCUCCCGAGAUGAACUCUGCAUAACGAGUCAUGGGUCACGCUUCCCUCCCGCAGCCUCCGCUUGUUCCGCCCUCUGGCUCCCUCUGCUGGCCCCAUCUGUAAUUGACCCUCUCGCCGGGAGUUUUCCCCAUACGUCAUCUCUGCUUAGGGUCCUGCUGAGCACUCAUCCAUCAA